CAAAACCACCUUUCAUUCUAAUCCUAACUUAAUUCCCCUAUAUAUAUAUAUAAUCCUACACAAAAAAAUUCCAUUCUAGAAACACAUAAUAUAUAAUUUCUUUCUUUCUUUCAUAAACUGUGUAACUUCUACAAAAUGGUUAUGUGUCGUGUGAGCAGUUAAUUCCAUUCUAGAAACAAAUAAUAUAUUUUUUGUAAUAUUUGUAUUCUGUCACCUUUUUGUGUCAUAAAUAAUUUUUUGGUUUGGAAAAUGGUGUCUGGCGGAGUUAGUGGCGGAAGUACCGAGAAAAGCCAUCAGCGGUGGCGCGUGAAUGAUAAUGGGAGCACUUCAUCAACUAUUUAUUUUUUGUUUGUAUCGUUUAUGGUGUUGAGUUCAUUUGGGUUUAUGUAUAAUUAUUUGUUAUAUGGAAAUAAAUAUAUAUCAUCAUCAACAACAUCAGUUGGUUGUCAAGAAGACAGUGAAGGUUCUUGGUCUAUUGGUGUCUUUUAUGGGGACUCACCCUUUUCUCUUAAACCCAUUGAAGCUAUGGAUGUUUGGGAGAAUAAAAGUGCAGCAUGGCCUGUGGCUAACCCAAUUGUGACUUGUGGUUCGGUUACUGAUUCUGGGUUUCCAAGUAACUUUGUUGCUGACCCUUUUCUUUAUGUUAAGGAUGACAUUCUCUACCUUUUCUUCGAGACCAAAAAUUCUAUUACAAUGCAAGGAGAUAUCGGGGUGGCGAGAAGCUUAGACAACGGAGCGUCGUGGGAACAACUCGGGGUCGUGUUGGAUGAAGAAUGGCAUCUUUCGUAUCCAUAUGUAUUCGACUACAAGGGCCAAAUAUAUAUGAUGCCAGAAGGAAGUAAAAAGGGCGAUUUGCGUCUGUAUAGAGCAGUCGAGUUUCCACUGAAGUGGAAACUCGAGAAGGUCAUUUUGAAACGACCACUAAUUGAUUCUUUUAUUAUGGAAUACGAAUCUAGGUACUGGCUUUUUGGGUCAGAUCAUAGCCGAGUCAGCACUAAAAAAAACGGAGAGCUUGAGAUUUGGUAUAGCAACUCACCACUCGGGCCAUGGAAACAACAUAAGAAAAACCCUGUUUAUAACACUGACAAGAAAACCGGAGCAAGAAAUGGAGGUAGACCCUUUGUUUACAAUGGAAACGUGUACCGGCCAGGUCAAGAUGAUGGCGAGACAUAUGGCAAACGUGUGCGCGUGUUCAAGAUUGAAGUACUUACCCCUUACAACUAUAAAGAGGUUGAAGUUGAUCUGGGCUUUCAGAAACCAACAAAGGGUAAAAAUGCAUGGAAUGGUGCUAGGUCUCACCAUCUCGACGCACAACAGUUAACGUCUGGUCAGUGGAUUGCGGUUUCAGAUGGAGAUAGAACCCCGUCAGGUGAUAUGUCACGCCGGUUGAUUAUUGGUUGCUUGUUGAUAUUAGUGGCUGGUAUGCUUGUUUUUGUAAUGGGUAUGCUGCUUGGGUUCGUGAAGUGCAUUGUGCCGCUUAGUUGGUGCCCGCAUAAUAUAAAGAAAAGAACCGAUGCGUUUUUGGUUUGGGAACGAUCGAGCUUGUUAUCUUCUAAGUUAAGGCAGUACCUGAGCCGGUUGAACAGGUUGGGUUCGGUUCUUAGGUGCAAGAUGAACCCAAAAACUAGCCUCGGCCGGUUUGCGUUUUUCAUUAUCCUGAUAGCUUCAAUCGUGCUAAUGUGUGUCGGGAUUCAAUACAUAUAUGGAGGAAGUGGUGCUCAAGAUUCUUAUGCUGUCGACAACCAUUACUCGCAGUUUACAAUGUUAGCCAUGACCUACGAUGCUCGAUUAUGGAACUUGAAUUUAUAUAUACAGCAUUACUCUCAAUGUCCUUCGGUUCGAGAAAUAGUGGUGGUAUGGAAUAAAGGGACACCUCCUGAUCCAACCACAUUCGACUCGGCUGUGCCAGUAAGAAUCCGUGUUGAGGAAAAGAACUCACUAAACAACCGGUUCAAGAAGGACCCAUUGAUAAAGACCAGAGCCGUCCUCCAACUAGACGAUGACAUAAUUAUGAGUUGUGAUUACAUCGAACGUGGGUUCAAAGUAUGGAGAGAGAAUCCAGGCAGGCUAGUAGGAUUUUAUCCUCGGUUAGUCAAUGGGCCCGGCCCAUUGGAGUACCGAGGCGAGAAACAUGCUCGUAAGUUCAACGGAUAUAACAUGAUAUUAACUGGUGCUGCAUAUAUGGAUCAUCAACUGGCGUUUGAUCGGUAUUGGAGUGAAGAAGUGAAAGCAGGGAGAGACGCGGUAGACAAGUUUUUCAACUGUGAGGAUGUGUUGAUGAAUUUCUUGUACGCAAACGCGACUUCUUCAGGCCCAGCAGUCGAGUAUGUGAAACCAGCGUGGGCUAUCGAUACAUCCAAGUUUUCCGGGGUAGCGAUUAGUGAAAAUACACAAGCACAUUAUCGGGUUCGAAGCAAUUGUUUAGAGAAGUUUACAGAGAUGUAUGGUGGAUUAUCUGAUAGGAAGGUGAGUUUCAAGAGAAGGAAAGAUGGUUGGGAUCUAUAGCACAAUUGUACAUUUUGUUCACUUUUGUGGCCUUUUUUCAGGGUAGAGUUUUCAGAAAGUGUGAAUUAUUUUGUUUGUUUUAUGAUCUUUUAAUAUGUUUGUCUAGGCCAAGUGUUGGUUGGAGUUGUUGGGGACUUGGGGCCAGGCAGAAGAAGCCUCUGUUUGCGAGUGUGUUUGGGCCUACUUUGGGGUGAUAUGAAAAAUAUGUGCAUAUACCUUUGAAGAUAAAGGAUUUUUUUCCUUGUAAUGACAACCCUACGAGUUGUAUAUAAAUAGUUUUUUAUCAUAAAAUUUAAAAAAUGAGCUUUGAUACAGAAA